AUGAGUAGUGAAAAGGUGACGUUGAAGAAGACAAAGAAGAUGGAUGGUUUAGGGUGGAUUGAGUGGUUAAGAGGAUUGUCUAAUGUUUUGCAAGAGAUGUUUUUUCAGAGAGUAAUGGCUUCUCACUUACACAACCCAUUUCCUCUUCCUCCUCUAAACCACCUAACCUGCAUUGUCACUGGCUCCACUAGUGGCAUUGGCUCUGAAACCGCUAGGCAGCUUGCAGAGGCUGGUGCUCAUGUUGUUAUGGCGGUAAGGAACACAAGAGCGGGUCAUGAGCUGAUUCAACAAUGGCAGACCAAGUGGUCUGCUAGUGGUAAAGGACUCCCACUUAAUAUUCAGGUGAUGGAACUUGAUCUUCUCUCUUUAGAUUCCGUCGUCAGAUUUAGCAAUGCGUGGAACGCACGGUUAGCACCUUUGCAUGUUCUGAUUAACAAUGCCGGCAUGUUUGCUAUGGGAGGGGCACAAAGAUUCUCAAAAGAUGGAUAUGAACAACACUUGCAAGUGAACCAUUUGGCUCCAGCUCUGCUUUCACUACUUCUUUUGCCUUCGCUUAUCCGAGCUUCCCAAAGUCGAAUCAUUAAUGUUAAUUCUGUUAUUCAUUAUCUUGGUUUUGUCGAUCCGAAUGAUCUGAAUCUUGUUGCUGGUAAACGAAAGUUUUCAAGCUUGAGAGGAUAUUCUAGCAGCAAACUCGCUCAGGUUAUGUUUAACAAUGUUCUUUUCAAAAAGCUGCCUUUGGAAACCGGCAUUAGCGUCGUUUGUUUAUCACCUGGUGUUGUCCAAACGAACGUUACUAGAGAUCUUCCUCGGUUAAUUCAAGAUAUUUACUCUGCCCUGCCUUACUUCAUCUAUUCACCACAAGAAGGUUGUCGAAGCUCACUCUUCUCGGCCACAGCUUCUCAAAUUCCAAACUACUGCGAAAAACUUAAAACCAAUCAUAAAUCCGUUUGCGCAUACAUAUCUCAGAAUUGUCAACCAACAAAUCCUUCAGAAGAAGCUCGGAACAUAGAAACAUCUAACAAAGUUUGGGAAAAAACGAUAGAGCUUAUUGGUCUUCCACUUGAUGCAGUGGAAAUGCUGAUAGAAGGAGAAGAGGUCCAAUGUCGUUAUGGGAUUUGA